UUCGGUGUCUACCACGGAAAUCUGUGACAACGGUGGUAAUUGUUAUCCUAAAGUAUUCGAAGCGACCGAAGAGUUUAAAGAAAUAUUUGAAGGACAAGAAGUACCUCGAGGAAAAAAAUAUGCAAAACUUUUGGAUUCCGACGAUUCAAGAUCAUCAUCGGAAGUUGUUCUUUUUGAAGAUGACGAAGAUGAAGAUGAAGAAAUAUUUUCCAAUAUAUUAUCGAUAUUAGAUGGAUUGGAAGAAUUAGUUCAUGAACUUGAUUUUGGUAUUAAAUUGUCUAAAGGGGAAGGAUUAAAAUCUAUAAUUUCACUUUUAGAUCAUGGUUCAAAUGAAAUCAAGAAGAAAGCUGCUUUGGUUAUUGGUGCAGCGAUGCAGUUAGCGAUGAAGAUCGUUAACGAUAAUGAUGGAUUAAGUCUAUUAGCAAUUUUAUAUGGAAAUUUAAAGGAUAAUGAAUUUCGAACAAAAUGUGCAUUAUUUAUUACCGAUUUUAUCGAUCCAAAUAUGGUGGAUAAAUCGGGGGAGGCAGAUGACGUGUUGGAUCAACAACAACAAGGGAAUUCAUUAUUAUUUUCAUUUUCGGAUGUAAUAGGAUCUUGGUGUGAAUUAUUUCAAUUUACUUUACUUGAUCGUAUUGAUAAUGUUGACGAAGAAGAAGAAGAUGAUAUUAUUAGUCAAAUAUCAUCACAAGAAUUAGAUUUUGAUUCGAAAGAAAAAAUACUUAGAGGAAUAUCAAUGAUAAGGAAACAUUAUCCUCUUCAGUGUCCAGCUCAAGAUAAGUUUAAGAUAUGGUUAUUGGAACAAGCUGAUUUAGUAAAAGAUGAAGAUUAUUUAGAAGAUUAUGAUCAUUUGAUCUCUCAAGUUAAAAACCAAUAUAACAACUUUUAA